AAUUUAAAAUAUCUCAAUUGAAUUAAAAAUAUUUGGAAUUGUCAACAUAGCAUUUAAUUUCUGUCUUCGAUAAAUUUUCAGCUAAACAACCACAAACCUUGUUUACCUACCUGAGCGAUUCGCACGUGGUUUUGCCGCCUCCUCCUUCGGCCGUCAUCCGGGGGCAGGCCCAACUGGCCACGGACGCCAGUGCUCGUUCAGGGGACAGUUUUGCAUACAAUUAGAACUACUCCGACUGGCUGGCCGGCCGCUUGCAAAUCAACACACUAAUUAACCACAUGUGACACGACGACGACGCACAGGUCCAACAGGGGUGGGAGGCAAUUUCCAGCCGGGUUCACUAUGUUAUCAACAAAUUCCCAGAUGUAGAAGCGGAUUGACCGUUGAACGGUGAUGUGGUCAGUGCGACUCGGUGCCGUAUCGGUCCUAAGUGAGUUCUCAGUGCGUGAAAUUCCGCAGUACGCAGUGUCGACUCAGUGAAAGUGGCGUGAAUAAGGGGAAGGCGAUCGUGGUGAAAUUAGUGGUGAAAACGGUGAUCCUGGUGAUCUGGAAGCGUUAAUUGGAGGAAAUAUAACCGACCAAAGUUCGGAAUGGCCCACAGGUGGUCCCUGACGGGGAACAGUGCUGGUGGUGGGGCAGGAGGAGGAACCGCUAGUGGUUCCGCCAGUAAAGAGUGUGGGGAUGAGUUUGAAAUCGCAGUUCUGUUGGAUAGAUCUGACUCGCGGUCGUCCGCGGCUCCCCGAAUCAUCGCGAGGGGGAACCAGCGACGAACCGUCAAUGACGGUGGUCAGCGGCAGCACAAUGAUCGCACUUCCGGUGUCGAUGAUGGGCGUGACAGCGAUGACGAAGAACGGAUUAUGAUUUUGGACGAGCAGCAGCAUCAGCAACUGCCGUCGCAGUCCAAGCGAUGCAAGCGCAAUGGAAAUGCGAAAGUGAAGAUGUUCAAGCCAAAAAGCACCUCCUCCGCCGCGGAUGAUCCGUCACCAGCCCGGGACGACCGGUCGGCGACACUGUACGUGAAUCCGGCGGCCACGGGGACCACCGGCAGCAUCAGUCCGUCCCCGUUGGCCACCACCCCAACCUCGAACAGCACCAAAAACGCCGCCGCCGCCGCCCCCACCAGCAACAAUAGCAACAACAGCAGCAGCAACAACAACAAUCACAGCGGCAACGGCAGUGGCAACAACAAAUCCGGCAAGAGUCCCCCGGGGAAGCACAAAAAUGCCGACGAGGAGUGCGACGUGAUUGGGGACCUGAUAGGCGAUUACGGCAAGUGGCAGUUUGUGAUGACAUUUUUGCUGUCGCUGUUCCAGGUGCCGAACACGUUUCACAUCUACUCGCCCACGUUUCAGGCAGCAGAAAAAAGUCACUGGUGCCGACGGCCGUCGAACCUGAACGACACCCCGGUGGACCUGUGGCGGAACGUGACCCGGGCCCUGGAGGACUGCCGGAUCCUGAAUUACGACUGGAGCUCGCUUGACUCGCAACAGUCGCUGCGAAACCUAAGCCUGGCCGCUAAUAUGUCCCACGUGGCCUGCAGCUCGUGGGAGUUUGACAUCAACGAUAAUCUCGGCAAUACGUGGGCCUCGGAGUGGAGCCUGGUGUGCGACAAGGAAUACCUCAAGGACGUCGCCGAGAUGUUCUUCCUGGUUGGGGUGGCCACCGGCGGCAUCACCAGUGGCGUCCUGUCCGACAAAUUUGGCCGCAAAAAGAUGCUGUUCAUCUCGGCCGUACUGCAGGCGAUAUUCGGUCUAGCGCUAUACUUUGUCAACUCGCUCGAGUUCAUGCUGGCACUGCGUGCCCUGCUCGGCAUCGUGUCCGUCUCGGUGACGUACGCCGGCCUGAUCCUGGCGAUCGAGUACGUCGACGGCAAGUGGCGAACCAUCGCCGGAAUGUACAACCUGUUCCCGCUGCCGGUGUCGUACAUCAUGAUCUCCGGCAUUGCCUACCUGACGCAGGACUACCGCAACCUGCAGCUGUGCAUCGGCCUGCCCGGGGUGUUUCUGUGCUUUUUGUGGUUCGUACUUCCGGAGUCUCCGCGGUGGUUGCUGUGCAAGGGUCGCAUUGCCGAGGUCAAGGAGAUUGUCAAGAAGGCGGCCGCCUUCAACAACCGACCCCUGCCGGAUAACCUGGACAAGCUGUUAAAGCCCCCAACGGACGAGGAAGAAACGGGGGCCGGCGUGUGCGAACUGUUCCGCACCAAGUAUCUCCGGCUGGUGACGUUCUGCUUUCUGUGCAUCUGGUUCACCAUGAAUCUCGUCUACUACGGGCUGGUGCUCAACAUGAACAGCUUCGGCGGCAACAUCUAUCUCAACUCGGCUCUAGCUGGACUUGUCGAAAUACCAGCCAUCGCCCUGGCAAUGUACAUCAUCAACCGAACCGGCAAGAAGUGGCUCUUUUGUGCGACGUUCUUUGCCUGCUCGCUGGCGUGCCUCUGCGCUGCCGUCGUGGAGGGAAAGCCCGAAUAUCUUACGCUCAAGAUUACCUUCCUGAUGAUUGGAAAAUUCACUAUCAGCGCUGGUAACACAAUUAUGCCGGUCUACACGGCGGAAUUGUACCCGACGGCGAUCCGGAAUGUUGGCGUCGGAGCGUGUAACUUGGCGGCAGGAUUCGCCCUUGUGCUUACUCCAUAUCUUUCCAUGUUGCCAAAGAUCGAAGAUCAUCUGUUGAUGUCCCUGCUGACGGCGUGGUGUAUCUUUGGCGCUAUUGUGAUUGUGUUCCUGCCGGAAACGAUGCAGCAUCAUGAACACGAGGAACGCGAUGACGACAAAGAUGUCGACACAGAAGUGGUGGCCUAAGGAUGUACAUUUCGAUGUGGUUACAAUUAGAUGGUUGCCAAGAUGAAGUUUAGAGCGAAAUCUAUACUACUGCCAUAACUAGGAGUCGUUUUUGAGAUGAAAGUAUUUUCAAAGAACUGUGAGAACCUGUGAGUAAGAGUACAUGAAAUUGUUUAUAACUCGGAAAUAUCCGGACAACGGCGAGGACGACGAGCGGUGUUUAUGUAAUCUGUCAAUUGAGGGUAGUUUUUAUGCAAGAAACCAAUGGAAGAAAUCGCUUUGCUCUCUGGUCUUACAUUCAUAUUAGAAUGUAACAAAAAGUUGUAUCAAGAUCACAAAUAAAACGGAAGCAUUUAAAAGAACGAUAGCAAGAGAUAGUGAUGCAAGAAGACGAUACUGUUUAAAAUCAUUCGUUGCCAUAAUGAACGAAAACAAUAGCCAUUACCAGUUUUAAAAUAUUCUCACCAGAUUUUAGACACAGACUCCCACUUCAAAGGCACACAACAGAUAACAAAAAAUAGCUGACGAAUUUUUCGGGAACUCGACUGGCUGGUCCAGUGAGAUUUUUAUAUACACGCUAUUUGAAUAAUGUACACAAGGACUAUUAUUUACAAAACAGUUUACUGGAGAAUGUAUACGUUGAUCGACAUACAGCCACACCUACAAUAGUCUUAAAUGAAAACAAAUCCCACAGCACACAUGCAAAAUGUUAUUUAUAUUUGAGUCUUCGAUGUUUCAUGUCCAUUUUUUUUGUUUGUAUGUUUUGCGGUGCAAUCGGAAAUUUGAUGUAUCAUGAAGGUCGGAAAUGUUCUUUUAUCUGUAUGAUUUCGCAUUUCGAAAUUCAAUGACAGUUUUUACAAGCGUUUACAUCUGAAAUUAAAUAAUUAUCAGCUAAGUAAGAAGUAAGCAUAAAAACAAGGUAAUCUAUUUAUAUAGUGAGAAUCGGCAAAUUAGAUGGAUGAAUGAAACAUGAUCUGGUUAUUAAACUGUCAAAGAUCCAAGAAUAAUGCUCAUUCGUUUGAAAAACUCCCAAAUCUGCGAAGUAUUAUAAUUUUUUCACAAAGCUAUAAUUUUUUUUUAAUCAGACGUAAAACCUUUUUUUUGCUUUAAAUUGUAUUCCUAAAUAUGGCUGGAAAUUUGUUAUUUAAUUUAAUGUUCAAUUUUGUGGUUUAACAUUUUUCAGUUUGUCCCUCAUUGGUUUGAUGAACUCAAACUAAAAAUUGACUUACUGUCACUUUUGACACGAUGCUUACACACACUAUGUGAACAAAUAUCUCAUAGUGUGGGUUUGAACGCUGGGUGUCAAAUAAAAUCAGAAACAGGUUUAAAAUUUAACAUAGGUUUUCCUAUCUAUCAUGCGGUGUUCUGUAAACUCACAUUUGACAAAUCGAUCAAUUCGGCGAAAAUACACUGAAAUGAAGAAUUAUAUAUGAUGAACUGCCAAAAGGCGUUUAUCAAAUCGUUUGUUUUUGCUGAGAAAACUGUUUUAUUUUGCUGUGUAAAAAGGUACAUACGCCCCUUGAUACGAAUUCAUGCGACAUCACAACCGUUGCACUGCAAACACAAACAUGUUGCAUUUAGAAUGUUGCAGCUCCCGAAUGGGGACGCACAGUAGAUUUACAAAACUGGCAAAAAAACGCUCGAAAUUUAUGGGUAAACAAGUGGAAACAGAAAAAAAUAUCAAGAAAUAUUAUAUCAAAUCAAUGUCUCAUUGUGAUAAAUCAACAAGUAAUAAAUCAACCAGAUACUAGGGCUGAUAAUAUACUGUAGCGUCGCUUUAAAUGUUUUAUAACCUCCCCAAAUCCCAUAUCGCAAUCUGUGAAGAGGAAUCAAAAUGUGUGUCUGUGUAAUUAAUUGUAGUUUCUGAAAGUACUUAAAGUUGUUGGAUGGAGUAGUUGUUAGCAAACCUGCAGUAGGAGUUUUGUUUUUCAGCAACGAACCAAGGCGAAAUGUGAACAUUGAAGUUGUGUGAAUGCUGAAAGUAUUGUACGUUUGAGUUGAGAUUGUGCAAGGUGAUGAAAUCAUAAUUGUAUUGAAACCAUAUUUGAUAUAUGCAAAUUGUUACCAAGAAAAAAGAAGAAAAUUUUUGGUUAGAUUUUAGAACCCUUGCUGCUUCAAUGUGUAAUAUCAGUGUGCUAAAUCUUGUAAUGGUAACGAAGGUGAAGAACGAAUGAAUAUAUCGCUGUUGAAUUUGCUUAAGAGCAUUUAUGGUAAGCUGGAACGCGCACCUGACUCUCGUUCCGACAGUGAAUCAACAAUAUUCAAAUAUAUCUUUAAUUUGGUGUACAGUGUCACAUGCUACGGUACUUAACUUAAGGUUGCGCUGAAUUGUGUAUUUAUACGUUGGAUAAGUUACAAUACCUUAUCAGUAAAUCAUCUCCCAUAAUACAAAACGCCCCAUUUUUCAAACAAUGUAUGAGAUUGUUACACAAAGUAUGUACAUAACCCCAUCUCCAUUGAUUGUAAUGCCAAAGGAUCAAACAAUCGGUAAGAGCUAUACUAAAGCAAACUAGGUUAAAAAUUCUAAUAAAUGUGCUGUAACAAAGA